CCCCAGCGGGUAAUGGAUUCAAUCGUUGCCUCCAAUUCGAACGAUUCCUCCCGAAUCGUAACCCUGAUAUUGUUCGAAUUGGGAAUGCGGAGAGAUGAGAGGCUUUUUGCUGAGAAAUCCUGAAUUCGGCAGCCGCGCCGCCGCCGCCGCCGCUUCCGCCUCCGUCACCACCACCAUCGGCGGCCGGAAUAGUCACCGGAAACACGUCGAGGACGGGUGAACUCGCCCGGUUCUCGUUUCCCCUCAAAUUUCUUUCAAUUUCAAUCUCGGUGUCAAGUUAAAAAAAAAAUCACAUCAUUCAUGGCGGACCCCAAGGGCAGAGACGCCAGUUCCUCGGUCCUCCAUGGGAAGUACGAGAUGGGCCGGCUGCUGGGGCACGGGACUUUCGCGAAGGUGUACCACGCUCGCAACAUCCAGACGGGAAAGAGCGUGGCGAUGAAGGUGGUUGGCAAGGAGAAGGUGAUGAAGGUCGGCAUGAUGGAGCAAAUCAAGCGCGAGAUCGCCGUCAUGAAGAUGGUGAAGCACCCGCACAUUGUCGAGCUGCACGAGGUCAUGGCGAGCAAGUCAAAGAUCUACUUCGCGAUGGAGUUCGUCCGGGGCGGCGAGCUGUUCAACAGGAUCUCCAAGGGCCGCCUCCGGGAGGACGCCGCGCGGAUGUACUUCCAGCAGCUGAUCUCGGCGAUCGACUUCUGCCACAGCCGCGGUGUCUACCACCGCGACUUGAAGCCGGAGAAUUUGCUGCUGGACGAAGAUGGCAACUUGAAAGUCACAGACUUUGGGCUCAGCGCGUUCACGGAGCACUUGAGGCAAGACGGUUUGUUGCACACGACGUGCGGGACCCCGGCUUAUGUGGCGCCGGAGGUGAUUGGGAAGAAAGGAUACGACGGCGCGAAGGCCGACCUUUGGUCUUGCGGGGUUAUCCUGUAUGUCCUCCUUGCAGGUUACUUGCCCUUUCAGGAUGAUAACAUCAUGGCCAUGUAUAAAAAGAUUUACAGGGGAGAUUUCAAGUGCCCGCCAUGGUUUUCCUCCGAUGCCCGGAGGCUUGUUACCAAGCUCCUUGACCCGAACCCGAGCACGCGAAUCACCAUUGCCAAGGUCAUGGAGUCGUCUUGGUUUAAGAAGUCCGUGCCAAAGACGAUCAGAACGAAGCAGGAGUUGGAAUUCGAGGCCUUUGAUGGGGCGGAUGCGGCCGAGAAGCCAAAGAAGCAGUCGGAGACCCUGAAUGCGUUCCACAUAAUCUCGCUAUCCGAGGGCUUCGAUUUGUCGCCGCUGUUCGAGGAGAAGAAGAGGGAGGAGAAGGAGGAGAUGAGGUUCGCGACGACGAGGCCCGCGAGCAGCGUGAUUUCGAGACUGGAGGAGGUGGCCAAGGCGGGGAAGUUCAGCAUCAAGAAGAGCGAGUCGAAGGUGAAACUGCAAGGGCAGGAGACGGGGAGGAAAGGGAAGCUGGGUAUCGCGGCAGAGAUCUUCGCGGUGACGCCGUCCUUGUUGGUGGUGGAGGUGAAGAAGGACAACGGGGAUACUUUGGAGUACAAUCAGUUCUGCAGCAAGGAGCUUAGGCCCGCACUCAAAGACAUAUUCUGGACAUCUCCUGCUGAGAACUCACCCCCUGCAUGAGUAGCUGAACCUUUUGUGUUGUCUGAAUCAAUUGUUUUGUUAAUGUUUCUACUGAGAGAGCUCUCAAGAUUCAUGGAAUUUAAAGCAGAUUCCUUGUCUACGACUCUCUGUUAUGUGAUCUGUUGGUGUGAUUCUGUGAAUUGACUGCAUUUUGGUUCUGAGAUGGAAAUUGUCUCACAUGUAUCCUUUCUCUGUGUUGGGUUUAUGAAGUGAGUUGUCUGUGGCUUUGAUAGAAAUUUCGGAGCUUUCCUUGC